AUGGCAUGGGAUGUAUUUCAAAAAAUUCGUCGUGUAUUAAAAUUUAAAUCAUGUCGUAUGAUUAUUAUGUUAGCACUAACUGUGUUUAUUGCAUUGGCCGAAAUAAUAUUUGGUAUUCGUGUACAUUCUCAAUUAUUAAUCGCUGAUGGUCUCUUCUCAUUUGCUGAAGGUAUAGCACUUGCGGGUGCUCUAUUAGCAUUGAGAUUUGCACAAGAAGAACGUAAAUUACAACGAAAUACAUUUGGAUGGGCUCGCCUUGAAUUAUUAGCUGGCCUAUUACAAGAAGUAUUAUUAUUGUCUUUAUCGUUAAGUAUAAUUGUUGAUGCUAUUAAUAAAAUAAUAAAUCCAGGUCACGUUGAACAACCUGUUGUAAUGAUCGUCUUAGGAUCAGUUGGAGCGGCUAUUGGCAUUCUCGGUAUGAUAAUGUUCAGAGGCUAUCAUCAUGAUCACAAUAUUGAAUAUGAAAUUGUUGAAAAACGAAAAGAUGAUUUUGUUAAAUCCGUCCAUGAUACAUUACAACAUGACAUAAUCGAAGAUCAUUCUCAAUCACAUGAUGUUGGUAAUGGUAAAGUUAUUGAAGAAAUGGUAAUACCACAAUUAAUUGUACAUGAAUCAAUAGAAGAAGAACAAUCAUUAAUUAAUGAACAACAACAAACUCCGUAUUCAUUGGAUUUAUCCACUGAAGACGAAGAACACCAUCAAAAGAUAGAAUUAAUUGAGAAUACUGACAAUAAUCCAUUGAAAAUUCCAACUAUCUAUAGUCGUUCGAGUAGUAGAACGUCAACUUAUACGCAUCAAACUGAUUGUUUAGAUGAUGAACAAUUUGAGGAAUCCAGAAUAUAUGCUACAUUACAUGCCUUACGUUUACAUUCAUUGGCCGUUCUAUUAGAAUCAUUAAUUGUUCUAUUAUCUGGUUUACUUAAUUUAUUUGUUCCAAAUAAAGAUGAAAAUAAGAACGAUAUUAAUCUUUGGCUAAAAUAUGUCGAUCCCUCUUUAACAUUACUUAUGGUCAUUGUAAUUGCCAUCAAAGCAGUACCCGUUGUUUGGUCAUUAGGCCAUAUUUUAGUUGAAUCGGUACCGGCCGGUAUUAAAACGGAACAAUUGAUGCAAUCAAUAUUAAAGGGUAUACCACAAAUAAGAGCUGUUCAUAAUUUUCAUGUUUGGAGAGCAACUGCAAAAGAUGUCUUUGCAUCAAUUCAUCUUGUCUGUGACGAUGAUGUACUAUUGAGUACUCAGACACAAAUAUUUGGACGUCAAUUAAAAACUAUUUUUGAAACACAUUGUAUUCGGCAUUUUACAUUACAAUUUGAAUAUAAUACAAAAGAUAUAAACCGGUGUGUAUAUGGUAUGAGAAAACAAAGAGGACAUUAUUUAACAACACAACGAAAACCAAAUAUUGAAGAUGUACAAAUUUCGACUAAAGAUAAUCUGUCAAUAUGCAAUAAUUCACAAGUAGAAAAUGAGAUGAAGGCUUUUUGA